AUGGAGGUGAGGAAAGGCUCCAUGGUGAACGUGAACCCCACCAACACACGCCCCCACAGCGACACCCCCGAGAUCCGCAAGUACAAGAAGAGGUUCAACUCUGAGAUCCUCUGUGCUGCUCUCUGGGGUGAGACUGACGGCACACUGGUCUAAGCUAUAGCCCACACUCUAAUCAUAUGAGCCACAUGCACAGAAUUAAAAUGGAACAUAGAAUUAUAUGUAUUUCAAUGACCACAUGUAACACACUUUGUUCCAUCCAGCUUGAGUAUCACAUUUUUCACAUAUUGUAGGUCCUGAUUGCAUUAAGGGGAACAUUUUGUAUCUAAGCAUGUGUGUGUCCCCAGGUGUGAACCUGCUGGUGGGGACAGAGAACGGUCUGAAGCUGCUGGACCGUAGUGGUCAGGGGAAGGUAUACCCCCUCAUCAACUCCCGCAGGUUCCAACAGAUGGACGUCCUGGAGGGACUCAACCUGCUCAUCACCAUAUCAGGUGAUUGAUUAGUACUGCUCAGCACUUUAACACACUGCACUCACCUGGGGGUCUGUUUAGGAGAGCAACGUCACAAAACCUUCAGGUAGAGCUAACAGGAUUCUAUCUUUUGCAUUUCUAUCUGCGAUGUUCUGAACGUUUCACUUUGUUGAAUACACUUGUGGAAAAGGACCUGUGCACCACAAACAUCUGUUGCUACUAAGCACCUUUUCUUAUCCACUAUAUAACCCUGUGUGUGUGUCCAUCCCAGGUAAGAAGAACAAGGUGCGUGUGUACUACCUGGCCUGGCUGAGGAACAAGAUCCUCCACAAUGACCCGGAGGUGGAGAAGAAGCAGGGCUGGACCACUGUAGGGGAGAUGGAGGGAUGUGUGCACUACAAAGUGGGUGAGUAAAGGGAGGAAGGAGACAGAGUAACAGUGAUGUGACCCGUUAUUGAACCUUGUAUCUAUUAUCAAUGCGUUCAGUUUUUCGAACAAUGUAUAUUUACACAAUUGGUUUUGCCUUUUGGCGCUGUUUAUUUAUAGCGUCACAAAGGCUCUAAUCCCACUUUGUUUGUGUCUAGUGAAAUAUGAGAGGAUCAAGUUCCUGGUUAUAGCUAUGAAGAACGCGGUGGAGGUAUACGCCUGGGCUCCCAAGCCUUAUCACAAAUUCAUGGCCUUCAAGGUAGGUCUCACCUUUCCUGCCUCAAUGUUCUGAAUGCCAGGAGUUCUAUUUCCCCUCAGCCAGUCGACCAGAACAACAUUCAAAACCUCUUAUGUUCUCUCUCUUUUCCUUUCCCAUCUCUCUUUCUCCCCUCUCUCUUUCUCUUCUCUCACUUUCCUCUCUUCUAGUCCUUUGGUGACCUGCCCCACAGGCCCCAGUUGGUUGACCUCACAGUGGAGGAAGGACAGAGGUUGAAGGUCAUCUACGGCUCCAGUGCUGGCUUCCACGCUAUUGAUGUCGACUCUGGGAACAACUAUGACAUCUACAUCCCAGUGCAUGUGAGUGGAGGAGUUCCUCAUGUGACAGCACACGCAGACGCAGAAGGCAUUGAGUGUGUAGGACACCAACUCAUCUCCAGGGCUAGACCGAAACUACGGGGCAGAAUCUCCUUAUUAAGCCCUGUCGUGACGUGACUUACUUGAAUGUAUGACUGUUAUUUAUCAAAUUACCUAACUAUGUUUAAUUGUCACUUGAUUAAAUGAAUCGUGUAACAAUGAACUCAUUAGGAAUAAGUUUAACGAGUUACCAUCUCCCGAAUUAAACUCUUAGAAGAUAUGUUAUAUAUCGAUAACAGUCACUUAUUAAAUAAUUACCUCAUCAGUCUAAUUCGGAACGUCGCAUAAUCCUUGACCCUGCAAGAACCCUAACCUUAUUGAUGAAUCAGCAAUACACAAAUUAGAUUUAUUUAUUUACUAGCUAAAUAAUAACACAAUACAAACACACACACACACACACACACACACACACACACACACACAGGUUAUUGAUUACUAACGUAAUACAAUGAAAACAGGUCCCUAGUGGACUGGACUAACAAUAGCAUGAAUGCUUGGGUAGAAGGAGGGUCAGAGUGGAAGGGAGGGAGAUUGAAACUAUUGUGGUUACUUUGGAGACUACGCUCACAGUAAUCAUAAUACUUAUGACGCAUCACCCUAAUAACGCUCAUUCGGAUUAGAAAUGCAACAUGUAUUUACGUGUAGCUGUCAUCGAUAGUUGAGUUGACGAUGUAGGACUCUGGUUUGCCCACCAGAGAUCCCAAUGUCCUUGGUAGAGUUUCUGGUCGUAGUAGUGGUUAGAAUGGAUACUUCAGAUGUACCAGCGGUUGUCUGAGAGGGAUUGUCCUUCCCACAUCGUGUCUUUAGGGAAAGUUCUCUAGACAACUAUACAUGCCAGCUGCAGACUGAAAUGAUAAGGUCUAGUGCAUUGUCUUCUUCUUCACCUCGUGUAGAGGUUGAGAGUUUCAGAGUUUCUCUGUUUCAAAUGUGUGGACUAAUGUCUCACGUUUUCUGGUCUAGCCAUUUUGUAACGUUUAGCUCACGCUUCACGUCUGCUGGUCUUGUAGAGUGUCAACCAUUUUAAGCCAUGGGCUUCCUGGUCUAAUGUUAAAAUGUUUUUCAAGGCUUUUUAUGCACUCAGGGUAAAAGGGGCGUUCCAUCAUGUUUGUGCUCAUCUGGGCGUGGCCGCUGACUGAGAACAAAUCAAUAUGGAAAACAAUAAUCUCAUCUAGAAUGCUAAAAUCACAUUGUUAUCUUCACAAAAGUAUUAUUAUACUUAAUCAUUUGUUUUAUACAACAAUUAGAUGCAAACCUCAUAACUGGGAAGUGUACACCCCCAGAGAUACAGUUAUGAUGUUCCGCUGUCUUUAAUGACAUCACAACGUAGUAACGAAUUUUGCAUUAUUGUUUUAUUAAGUCCCUACUGACCAUUUCCCACAUUCUUUUUAAGUAGGAAUAUUGUUUCAUUAUCCACUUUUGGAUGUUGGAGUCUUGGCGGGAAGACUUUUCCUUUGUUAACAAAGGGGUCCUUUCCCCCAAUACUUCAUGGCAAGGAAGAGAAAGUCUGCACGGUAUUUACGACCGGUCAUAAAACUUGCCCCCAGGAUAGGUGGUGGUCAAACCUUUGCCUAGCCGGCAUGUUUGAUCCUCAACCUAUGAGGGCAAGUCAUGACAGCCCCCACAAAUUCUUCCAAAUCAAAGAAAGCUUUGGAAUUAAUUGACAACUACAAUAUCUAUAAAACAUGAAUAAUGAUACGUUUCAUUGAUUAGAUGCCCAGACCUGAAAGGUAUUGAUAUGAACCUCACAGAUUCUACCCAUUUCUUGCAAGAUUUACAUAUAUUUUACAUUUUAGUCACUUAACACUAUUAUUCAGAGCGACUUAGAAUCAGUGCAUUCAACUCUGUUAGGUAAAACAAGCUUCUACUCCUUCGCCCCUGUGUGUGUCCAGAUCCAGGUCCAGAUAAUGCCCCAUGCCAUCGUGUUCCUGCCCAGCUCGGAUGGCAUGGAGAUGCUGCUGUGUUACGAGGACGAGGGCGUCUACGUCAACACCUACGGACGCAUCAUCAAAGAUGUGGUGCUGCAGUGGGGCGAGAUGCCCACCUCCGUUGGUAUGGCACAUGUGUACACGCACGCACGCACGCAGUCACAGGCACACACGGCAUACACACACACUUCUUUCUCUUGAAAUGUGGCAUGUUCUGAGUUCUCUCUCCCUCUCUCUCUCCCUGUGUGCAGCACAUAUCUGCUCUAACCAGAUCAUGGGCUGGGGAGAGAAGGCCAUAGAGAUCCGUGCUGUAGAGACAGGCCACUUGGACGGAGUUUUCAUGCACAAGAGAGCCCAGAGGCUCAAGUUUCUCUGUGAGAGGAAUGACAAGGUGGGUCACACACUGGUAUUCAAAAUAUAACUUAAGAGAUCUACGUUUAUGCCUCCAGUACGUACAACUGAACAUUGAACCUGAGUAAUAAGCAUAAUGUCUUGUUAAUGUGUGUCUCAGGUGUUCUUUGCUUCGGUGCGCUCCGGAGGCAGCAGCCAGGUCUACUUCAUGACCCUGAACAGGAACUGCAUCAUGAACUGGUGA